AUGUAUAAAUCUCUGGGAGUGGAGAUUGGAAAGAUACACCGCGUCAUCAGAUUCAAUGAAAGUCCUUGGAUGAAAAAGUAUAUAGAUCUCAAUACAUCAUUGAGAGCCAAAGCAGACAACGAUUUUGAGAAAGACUUUUUUAAGCUCAUGAACAACGCUGUGUAUGGUAAAACCAUAGAAAACAUUCGAAACCGUGUCGAUGUAAGACUGGUCAAUUCAGCGAAAAAAGCAGCAAAGUUGGCGAACAAACCCAACUUCAAAUACUGCACCAUAUUUUCCGAGAAUCUAUGCGCUUUUCAUAUGAGAAAGACCCAAAUUCUCUUUAACAAACCACUCUAUCUCGGAAUGUGCAUACUCGAUCUCAGCAAGACAUUAAUGCACGACUUUCACUACAAUUACAUCAAAACCAAAUACGAAGACAAAGCAAAGCUUCUCUUCACCGACACAGACAGUCUCUGUUAUGAGAUUCAGACCGACGACUUUUACCAAGAUAUAAAAUCAGACGUGCACAAUCUGUUUGAUACGAGCAACAUUUCAAAAGAUCACCCUUCUGGAAUACAGGCAGGUGUGAAUGAAAAAGUUGUUGGAAUGUUCAAAGAUGAAGCCGGUGGAAAGAUCAUCGAUGAGUUUGCCGGUCUCAGAGCGAAGCUUUAUUGUUAUAAAAUGUUUGAAGAUGGAAAAGAAGAAAAAAAAUGCAAGGGUGUGAAAAAAGAAGUGGUAAAAAACACAAUCAAAAUGGAAAACUAUAAAAGAUGCUUAUUCAACGGUGAAAAACAGUAUAGAAAAAUGACGACGUUACGAAGUCGAAAGCAUGAGAUGUACACGGAAGAAAUCAACAAAGUUGCAUUAAAUAGAAAUGAUGACAAACGCAUAAUUCUUCCAGACAAUAUAAAUACAAUUCCACCCUUCACAGAGAGCCCUCUCGCAGAGUAA